AUGGACUGUGUCUCAGCUGGAUGGACUGUGUCUCAGCUGGAGGAACUGUCUCUCAGCUGGAUGGACUGUGUGUCUCUCAGCUGGAUGGACUGUGUCUCAGCUGGAUGGACUGUGUCUCAGCUGGAUGGACUGUGUCUCAGCUGGAUGGACUGUGUCUCAGCUGGAUGGACUGUGUCUCAGCUGGAUGGACUGUGUCUCAGCUGGAUGGACUGUGUCUCAGCUGGAUGGACUGUGUCUCAGCUGGAGGAACUGUCUCUCAGCUGGAUGGACUGUGUCUCAGCUGGAUGGACUGUGUCUCAGCUGGAUGGACUGUGUCUCAGCUGGAUGGACUGUGUCUCAGCUGGAUGGACUGUGUCUCUCAGCUGGAUGGACUGUGUCUCUCAGCUGGAUGGACUGUGUCUCUCAGCUGGAUGGACUGUGUCUCAGCUGGAUGGACUGUGUCUCAGCUGGAUGGACUGUGUCUCAGCUGGAGGAACUGUCUCUCACCUGGAUGGACUGUGUCUCAGCUGGAUGGACUGUGUCUCUCAGCUGGAUGGACUGUGUCUCAGCUGGAUGGACUGUGUCUCAGCUGGAUGGACUGUGUCUCUCAGCUGGAUGGACUGUGUCUCUCAGCUGGAUGGACUGUGUCUCUCAGCUGGAUGGACUGUGUCUCAGCUGGAGGAACUGUGUCUCUCACCAAUUUGA